AUGGACCGGCUUCUCGUAGCCGUCGUCACCGGCGCCAACCGCGGCAUCGGGCGUGCCAUCUGCGCUGCGCUCGUCCAGCAGCUCCCAGGCCCCUUGAUUCUCUACACGGCCUCUCGAGCCGGAACUCCCGUCGACCUGAAUCAUGCCCAGCCUCUCUCUGCCUCCGUGCAGGUUCACCCGGCCCAGCUGUCCCUGACCGACCAGGCCAGCAUUUCCGCGCUCAGCAGCAUGGUAGCCAACACGCACAAGGGCUGUGACCUGCUCAUUAACAGCGCAGGGCUCUACUAUUUCCAGGAGCAAAUCACCGCCGCUCAGCGCAGGGAGACCCUCGACGUGAACUAUCGCGGCACUCUCAACCUCUGCAAGGUCUUCCUCCCGAUCAUGCGCCCGAACGGCCGCAUCGUCAACCUCUCGUCGCAGUCCGGCCAGCUCAAAUACUUCCAUCCGUCCCUGCAAGCGCGGUUCUUGAACCCCGACCUCAUUCUCGCUGACCUGGACGCGCUGGUCGACGAGUACAGCCACCUGGCAGACCAGCACGCCGCAACCGCCACAGGCUGGCCCCCCAUGACCUACUUCACGAGCAAGGCGGCUCUGAACGCCGCAACGCGCAUUCUGGCGCGCGACAACCCCCAUCUGCUGAUUAAUAGCUGCUGUCCCGGGUGGGUGGACACGCCGCUGGGUGCGCAGGCGGGGAGGCCGCCCAAGACUGUUGAGGAAGGGGCGCGGAUCCCGCUGCGCCUGGCGAUUGGUGAUAUCGGGGGCGUUAGUGGGCGGUAUUGGGCGAAUGACUCAGUGGCGGGGACAGGGAGUGGGAGGGUAAAGGAUUGGUAG